AAGAUACUGGACGGGCAAAGGACAGGAAAAGCGUGUUCACUAGACACUUUAUAGCCAAGUGCCAAGUACAAACACAAUUAUCAGGUGCUGUUUUCACACUGGUAUGGAGCCGUCCGUCAAGGGCCACAUAAGCAGUGUCAUUGUUAUGCUCAGUGCAGGGCGCGCAUGCCCUGGGGGCGGUCUCGGCUGCCUGAACCCUUAAAACCCUGGGCGGGACCAGCAGUGCCUGCACAGGGACUGAGCUCUGCGAGACCUCCUUUCCCAAGACCUUCCUUUGAAAACUUUUUUUUCUUAAAGCAGCAAAAGGAGUGAAGCAUCAUCAAAGAAUAUUCCAGAUUCUUAGAAUUUCCAUCAUCUCUCCAGAAGUCACCUUGGGAUGAGGGUUUCAAGGCCACUGAUAGUGCUGCUCGCCCUGGCCAGCCUGCUGCACAUGGUCAUGGCUUUGAGAAUUGCAGCCUUCAACAUCCGAAGUUUUGGAGACACCAAGAUGUCCAAUGACACCCUCUCCAGCUACAUUGUGCGGAUCCUGAGUCGCUACGACAUUGCUCUUGUCCAGGAGGUCAGAGACACCUAUCUGACAGCGGUGGGGAAACUGCUGGAUGAACUCAACUGGAAUGCACCCGACAACUAUCACUACGUGGUCAGUAAGCCCCUGGGACGCAACAGCUAUAAGGAACAGUACCUCUUCCUCUACAGGCCUGACCAGGUGUCCGUGUUGGACAGCUACUACUACGACGAUGGCUGUGAGCCCUGCGGGAAUGACACCUUCAGCCGAGAGCCAGCCAUUGUCAAGUUCUUCUCCCCGUUCACACACGUCAGGGAGUUUGCCAUCGUGCCCCUGCACGCUGCCCCAACAGACGCAGUGACUGAGAUUGAUGCGCUCUAUGAUGUCUACCUGGAUGUCCAGCAGAAGUGGGGCCUGGAGGAUGUCAUGUUGAUGGGCGACUUCAACGCUGGCUGCAGCUACGUAACCCCCUCCCAGUGGUCCUCCAUCCGUCUGCGUACAGACCCGGCCUUCCAGUGGCUGAUUCCCGACACGGCGGACACCACAGUCACAUCCACACACUGUGCCUACGACAGGAUUGUGGUCUCGGGAGCUCUGCUCCAAGCUGCCAUUGUCCCCGCCUCGGCUGCUCCUUUUGACUUCCAGGAGGCAUUUGGCCUGAGUGAGCAGCUCGCUGAGGCCAUCAGUGACCACUACCCAGUGGAGGUGACGCUGAGGAGAGCCUGACCUCAGUGAGCAGCAUGGCUGUGCAGGUACAGACCCUGCAGCUCCCAGCCAAGGGGGCGACCUCACUCGACCAUCCUGAAGCCUGGACAGAGUCCAAAUGUGGGUUAAGGAAUACUUUAAUGGAGGUAAAUAAAACUCAAGGAGGUGGUGGUCUCCUGUCCUUACUCUCUCUGCCUCGGGGACACUUCCCAGGCACAUAUCUCCUUUGCCACCUGAGAGGACCAGGUCAUCAGCGUCUCUCCAGGGCCUUGAUGAGAAGGUCAUUGAGGCGGCCAACCAUAGGCCUGGGGUCGUCCACCAGCCCUGCUGCUAUCAUGGC